AUGAAAUUCACCAGGAUUACCCCAGCUUUCACUUGGAUUUCACCCGGAUUUCACUUGGAUUUCACCUGGAUUUCACCUGGAUUACCCCAGAUUUCACUUGGAUUUCACCAGAUUUCGCUUGGAUUUCACCCGGAUUUCGCUUGGAUUUCACCCGGAUUUCACUUGGAUUUCAUCAGAUUUCACAUGAAAUUCACCAGGAUUACCCCAGAUUUCACUUGGAUUUCACCCGGAUUUCACCUGGAUUUCAUCAGAUUUCACUUGGAUUUCAACUGGAUUUCACCAGAUUUCACCUGGAUUUCAUCAGAUUUCACCUGGAUUUCAUCAGAUUUCACCUGGAUUUCAUCAGAUUUCACUUGGAUUUCAACUGGAUUUCACCAGAUUUCACCUGGAUUUCAUCAGAUUUCACCUGGAUUUCACCAGAUUUCACCUGGAUUUCACCAGAUUUCGCUUGGAUUUCACCCGGAUUUCACUUGGAUUUCACCAGAUUUCGCUUGGAUUUCACCCGGAUUUCACUUGGAUUUCACCUGGAUUUCACCAGAUUUCACCUGGAUUACCCCAGAUUUCACUUGGAUUUCACCAGAUUUCGCUUGGAUUUCACCCGGAUUUCACUUGGAUUUCAUCAGAUUUCACAUGAAAUUCGCCAGGAUUACCCCAGAUUUCGCUUGGAUUUCACCAGAUUUCACUUGGAUUUCACCAGAUUUCACCAGGAUUACCCCAGAUUUCACAUGGAUUUCACCCGGAUUUCACCCGGAUUUCACCUGGAUUUCACCAGAUUUCACCUGGAUUUCACCUGAAUGA